UAUGCUUUAGGCUGGAAGAGAUCGUCAGAGUGUGCUGGCAUCGCAGCGCAUUCUCCCGGCUUCUUAGGUCUUGCCGCGCACAGGUUUGCAGCCGGGGGAGCAGCCUAGGCUGCAGCUGCCUUUCUGCAGGAGCAGAGGUACCCUAGUGGCGGCGUCAUGGGCAGGAAAGUCACUGUUGCUACCUGCGCCUUGAAUCAGUGGGCGCUGGAUUUUGACGGCAACUUGCAGAGGAUUUUGAAAAGUAUUGAAGUUGCUAAAUGCAAAGGAGCAAGGUACCGACUUGGGCCAGAACUUGAAAUUUGUGGCUAUGGCUGUGCAGAUCACUACUAUGAGUCCGAUACACUCUUGCAUUCAUUUCAAGUUCUGGCAAAGCUCUUGGAAUCUCCUGUUACUCAAGACAUAAUAUGUGAUGUUGGAAUGCCGAUUAUGCACCGGAAUGUUCGCUACAACUGUAGAGUGAUCUUCCUGAACAAGAAAAUUCUUCUGAUACGCCCAAAGGUAGCACUGGCAAAUACAGGAAACUACCGGGAAAUGCGAUGGUUCACUCCUUGGAACCGACCAAGGCAUGUGGAAGAAUAUUUUCUUCCUAGGAUGAUACAAGAAAUAACAAGUCAGGAAAGUGUCCCAUUUGGCGAUGCAGUACUAGCAACUUUAGAUACUUGCAUUGGGACUGAAAUAUGUGAAGAAUUGUGGACACCAAUGAGUCCUCACAUUGAAAUGGGUAUUGAUGGAGUGGAGAUCUUCACAAAUUCCUCUGCAAGUCACCACAUAUUAAGAAAAGCUAACACUCGAGUGGAACUGGUAAAGUUUGCAACAGCAAAGAAUGGUGGGAUAUAUGUGUUAGCUAAUCAGAAGGGCUGCGAUGGAGAUCGUCUGUAUUAUGAUGGCUGUGCAAUGAUCUCUCUGAAUGGGGACAUUGUUGCUCAAGGACUUCAGUUUUCUCUGGAUGAUGUGGAAGUUUUGGUUGCUACUCUGGACUUGGAAGAUGUCAGAAGUUACAGAGCAGAAAUAUCUUCUCGAAACCUAGCAGCAAAUGAAGUGACACCUUACCACAGAAUAAAAGUAAAGUUUGCCCUGUCAGGUUUUGAUGACACGUGUGUAUCUACAAGUGAGCCAAUCCAGUGGAGGUAUCAUAGUACUUCAGAAGAGAUCAGCCUUGGUCCUGCAUGUUGGCUUUGGGACUACUUACGGCGCAGCAAACAGGGAGGAUUUCUCUUGCCACUUAGUGGUGGGGUGGACAGUUCUUCUGCAGCCUGCAUUGUGUUCUCCAUGUGUCGUCAGGUUUGCUAUGCUGUACAGAAUGGAAAUCAGACUGUCCUGAAUGAUGUGCGUCAGAUAGUAAAUGAUGAGGUCUAUAUGCCAAAGGAGCCCAGAGAAUUUUGUGGACGCAUCUUAACAACUUGCUACAUGGCUAGUGAAAACUCUUCUCAGGAGACAUACGACAAAGCCAAAUCUUUGGCUGAAGAAAUAGGCAGUUAUCAUAUAAAUGUAAACAUAGAUGGUGCAGUAAAGGCCAUUUGGACAAUUUUCAGUGCCGUGACGGGAAAGCAGCCCCAGUAUCAAGUGCAUGGAGGGAGCAGAAGGGAAAACCUGGCCCUACAGAAUGUUCAGGCCAGAGUAAGAAUGGUGCUUGCCUACCUGUUUGCGCAGCUAUCCCUAUGGACUCGUGGAAUGCCUGGCGGACUGCUAGUGCUUGGAACAGCCAAUGUGGAUGAAAGCCUUCAAGGAUACUUCACAAAGUAUGACUGUUCAAGUGGUGACAUCAAUCCUAUUGGGGGAAUUAACAAAACAGACCUGAGAAGCUUUAUGCAGUAUUGCAUUGAGACUUUUCACCUGACAUCACUCAAAAGUAUUCUGUCAGCCCCCCCAACAGCCGAGCUGGAGCCCCUGAAGAAAGGACAGGUCACUCAAACUGAUGAGGCAGACAUGGGAAUGACGUAUGGUGAACUCUCUGUCUAUGGCAAACUAAGGAAAAUAGCUAAGGCUGGACCUUACAACAUGUUCUGUAAGCUGAUCACAAUGUGGAAAGAGAUCUGCACCCCAAGAGAGGUGGCGUCAAAGGUUAAACAUUUCUUUCGAAUGUAUUCUGUCAAUCGACAUAAAAUGACUACCCUAACCCCAUCCUAUCAUGCUGAAAACUACAGUCCUGAUGACAACCGAUUUGAUCUGAGGCCUUUUCUUUAUAAUACUGCCUGGUCCUGGCAGUUCAGGUGUAUAGAUGAACAGGUUUCUAAACUCGAAUCUAAGGAAGUGAACCCAAACCCUGGUGAUGUAGCUUGACUCUUUUCCAUCUUUUUGCUGUGGAUGUUGCAGAUACGUAGUGUUUGGUAUAAGCAUCCAGCAACUCAUUAUGAAGAUCCGAAGAGAUCUGGAAGGUUUAUCUUGGUGUUUUUCAGAAUAAAAAACUGAUUUUAAAACAUAAUAUAUCCAACUUGAAAAUAAAAAAAAUCUUUAAAGAGAAAAUACAAAAUAUAUGCAGAACAUUCAGAAUUUCACUGAAUAUGUACAUGGAGGGUUUUCUUCAAAAUUACUCUUCCUGUUAAGGUUCAUCCAACAUUUUCCUGUGAAAAUAAUAUUAGAAACUGCAUUCUAAAGCUUAUCUGAAUCUAUAGUAUGAUUAGUAAGUUCCUGAAAUUAUGUCUAAUUACCGAUUCUAAUCUCAUCCUAGUAGGAGCAAUCCUAUGGCUAUUAGAUGAUAUCUGUGUGUUCAUAGGAGGCUUUGGAGUCCCAGCUCCAACCUCAGAAAUUUGCUCUGAAGCAAGUCAGAGCACCCUUAGUGCAGCUCCAAAGUUGCAAAAGCAACCUUAGAGACUGCAUUCUGGGGUGUUCCAGGGAGCAGGAAGAGGAAAGCAGAAGCACUGCCAGCAUACAUAGUAUCCCGGCAGUGCUGUAGCCUCCCCUCCUUACGCUGCGGGGCUAGGAGAAACCGGCCAUAAGUAUUUGGCAGGGCAGGACAAGCACAGAAGCGACCUUUGCCUCUGAAGUACAUCUGCCCUCCUCCAUAAGAUGCCUUUUGUCGUCCAAGUUCAGAGCAUUACAGGCAGACACAAUGGACUAGAUUGCCUAAAUUUCAUUUUGUAUAUAUAGAUUUGAAUUAGGCAACAUGUUGGUCAACUACUCAAAAAAUCUGGAUUGUCCUUUCCAGGUGCUCAGCCUGCACAUGUGGGAAUUAAGGGAGGGCAGGAAUGCAUGUAAGUGAUAUACCCCCCCACCCCCAAUGCUUGAGCAACUUUAAAGACCUCUGUGUGCUUAGUGGGAUGGUCUUCGGGGGUUCUAAGUGUCCUUGGAUGAAUGUGCUACUUGGGAAUUUUCUAAGUGUCAUGUGUUCAGCCAGUGAUGCAAUCUAGUAAUUUUAAGCCCUGGACUUGAUGGUUUUAUGCUGGGCUCCCUUUAGAUGGUCAUGUUUUUUCCUUAGUUCCUCACCACCCCAUGCUUCACAACUGGUUUUGCAGCAAAAAAUCAAAAACUUGCCUUGCAGUCCUUAGAAAAAAAGAAUAAUACUCUGAACAUGUGUAGUUUUGCAUUUUAAAUUCACUUAGAUCAUAGCACUAUUGUGACUAUUGGAGUUUACUUUUCCUAAACAGAUGUUAAACACAUUUAUUUGGGAACAGAAGCUGUUGAAUGAGAAGAUAAUAUAUAUUUAAAGUAAAAAUAAUAAAAUCUGUGACUGCAUGUGCCCUGUAGGCUGCCCACUAGCUCUAAAAUGUUUCGAAGUAAGGACAGCACUGCUGUGAAGUAGUAUCAGUCCCGGUGGCUGGCCCACAUGCUGAUACAGGGUGUGUUUGCCACUUUCCCAUCACCCACUGCUCUCUGGAUUGACAUUUGGGGAAUGAGGGGUGGAUUUGGCCCUGCAGUGCAGCCCAAGUCUUACUAGGGCAUUGAGCUGAACACUUUUACAGCCACUCUGUAGACCUUUGUGAUCAACAAGUCAAGACUUACAAGGGUUUGGAUGCUUUGGGAUGUUGUGCAGGGGUGGGGCUUCCAUGUGCACCCUCAGUUCCACCAUGCAUUUAACUCUUGUGUUUACAGGCUGAACACCUGCCCAAUCUGGCCAUCUAACAGUACGAUCAUAUACCCUUAAUCAGAAAUCAUUCCCAUUUAAAUCAGUGGGGCUUACUCCACAGUAAGUGGGUAUAGGAUUGCAGCCCAAAUUACAUGGAUUUAUUGCAGUGCUCUGGCUGGGUGGUGGUAACUUUUAGAACAUGAGUAGUAGAUGUGUCUGAGGUUUUGGAUGAAACAUAAAAUUUUCAAUACUUGGAAGCUGUUGGAAUAUAUGGAAAUAAUUAAUAUGACCAACACCAGUCAUAGCAACUCAGCCUCAGUUCGGGAAAAUAUUUGCUCCUCUAAUGAACAGUCUGCAUAUGAUUUCUCUCUUUUAACUGGUUGAACUGAAAUAAUAACAUUUUACAGCUACUAGCACAUGUCGACAUGAAAAAUGAUUUUGUUAAAUUUUAUUCUGCAAUAAAUUCACAUUUUAAUGACUCUAA